AGUGAACGAAGGGAUAAAAAACUAGUAACUGAAAAAUUCUUGAAUCAUUAAUAUUCAAGUGAAAAUAAGUUAAUUAACUUAUCAAAAAACAUAUAUAAAUAUUUGAGAGUAAAGUGAACAUGAUUAGAAAUUAAAAAAUACUGUGAAAAUACGAACAAUUAACAAAUAUUAAAGAAAGAUUCGCACAAACAAUUGGAGUUGGCACACUUUAACACUCAUUUCACGGAGGAUUAUUCUUAAUUUUUCAUAAUUAAGUGAAAACAUUAAACAUCACAUAGUGUUUGUUAUAAAUAUACUCAGCAUAAACACAGAAGAUUAAUAUAAGUGUUCUAUAUAAUAUUCAUAAUAUUUUAAAAUAUAAACUCAAGAAACUCAACAAAUAUAAUCAAAGAUGUCUGAUAAAGUUGUAGAAUUCAUCAAUCAUUAUAGAAAAUCAAUAGAACGACACUGCGAGGAUCCUGAACGGAUUCUGCACUGCUUGACAAGACUGGAAAAAUUGAAAGUGAAUGUUGGGCAUCUCCAACAAACAGGAAUAGGUAAAACGGUCAACGCUGUUAGAAAACACGAAGGUGAAGUCGGUGAUCUCGCAAAGAAGCUAGUGAUGAGGUGGAAGGACAUGGUUUCGGAAGCGGAAGCAGCUGAGAAAUCCAAGACUCAGGCUCCACUAUUCAAAUUACCAAUCAAGUUAUCGCCUGAUGAACAUAAGCCGGCUAUCGUUUUCCAAGAAGACAAGAAACAAAAAUAUACAACACACUUUUCGGAUGGCUUCAAAGUUAAAUUAGAUCAGCCGCACCAUUCUUCAUCACGUUACAAAUCGGAGGAUGCUGAACAUAACGACAAGAAGUCAUCGGAACGACAUCACAAAAGUCAUCAUUCAAGUUCAAGUUCUAGUCAUAAAGAAAGUUCAUCGAAGCGAAAGCAUGAAGAUACAUUUACCGAAUCCAAAGAGAACGAAACCUCAAAAAAGAAACCAAAAUUGGAAAAGGAAAAUGACAAAAAAGAAUCAUCAUCAUCAUCAAAGUCAAGCAAUCACAGCUCAAAAAGCAAUUCAAACUCUUCAUCGAAGUCAAAAGAUAAAUCAACACGAAAACAUGAUAAUGACAAGAAGAUUGACGAAGAGUUAGAUGGAUCACAAGGAAUUGGAUUUGCAGAAGCAUUAGCUUUGUUCGAUAUGCCUUCAACAUCCAAGAAAAAGGACGUUCCACUUGCCGAUAAAAUUGUUACAGUUAAAACCAAACCACCAUCAAAGAAAGUGUCAAAACCUGAAAUCAAAUCAACAAAACCACCUCAAACUUCUUCCUCGACUUCUUUAGGACGAAAAGAACAAGUAAAAGUAGCUUUAAAGCUUUUAACAUCCCCACCGGAAAUUCUCAUUCAGAAACCAGAUUUGGGCCCACUUCCUGACAUCGUUACCGAUCUUCCAUCGGAUGUUUCAAUUCCUGAUUAUCGUCCAAUGCCACUUAGUUCUGCUGUUAAAGAUUACAUCAAUUCAUCGGUUCAUGGAACGAGUUCAAAUUCGAAUUACCGAAAUCAACACAAGCAAAUGUCUGACACAGAUCUUCUAGCAGAAAGCUUCUCAUCGAAAGCAAACCGAACACGAGUCUUUAGUGGUAAUAGAGUGCAAAAAUCUGUCCCAACAUUGUUUGAAAUGUGCAUCAGAAUUCUUCAAGAAAAUAUUGAAUUCUUAACUGAAACUGGAGGAGUUCCAUUCGACAUACUUCGUCCCGUGCUUGAGAAAGCAAAACCUGAACAACUUUGUAACAUCGAGUAUUAUAAUCCAUAUUUAUUGGACGAUUCUGACGUUCUUUGGGAGCCACAUUGCAAGCGUAAGUUCCGAACAAAGAAACGUCUUGAAAUGGAGUCUUGGCGUGAUAUGUAUGAAAGAUGUACGAGAGAAGAUGAAGAAAAACUGAAUCGAUUGACUCAAAAUAUUAAGCAACAUCAAGAGCAUACAUCUAAUGGAGUUCAAAAAACAUUGUUAGCUUAUGUCGAUACGAUUGCUAAAGCACCUCGAAGUGUUAUGAAGAAGCAGGAAAUUUAUGGAACAAAUCGAAAAAUGGUUGCAAGCCCUGCAGCUAGAACCGAAGGACUUAGACAUUUGGCCCCAAACAUCGCAGCACCAGGAGAUGCACGAUUGAGAGUUGCUGCUGGAAUUAGAGAUGAUGCCCAGAAUUUUGGCAGAGGAUUUCAACGACCCACAAAGAAGGCUCCGUUAAUGGCGAAAGUACUUUCAAAAUUCAAAAGAUAAAUUUUCACCGUUUAUGUAAACGUCAAGUUUUCUCUUCUUAAGUGAUUGAUGUGUAGAUCAAAAUUUAUGUUAAAAACUUUUAACUGCUCGUUUGUGACUCACAUUCGAAUGUGAAAAGUUAAACCUGAUAACGUUAUGAUUUUUUUUAUGUUUAUAAUUUAUUAAUGCUAUUGAUAAAAUUUGAUUUUUUUUCCUAAAUUGUAAAUAGAAAUGACUGUUGAAUGACUAAAAUUUCUUUACAUUAUUGUCAUGAAUUAAAAAUUUGAUUUUCAAAUAAAUUAUUUAAAAAGUAAACA